AUGGAUCUUAUAAAGAAAAAGUUCGAGAAGAAAAAGAAGAAAGCUGAGAAGAAGAAGAAGGAGAAACAAGCUCAGAAGAGAUCAAGCUAUGUGACAAAAACAGAAAAAAAGAAAAAGAAGAAAAAAGAGAAAAGAAGAAAGAGGAAUUCGAGAUCCAGAGAUUCCUCAAGUUCAGAAGAUUCGGAAACAUCAGAUGAGAGUCAGAGACAGUUGAAGACUGUUCAGUCAAAAUUGGCAAUUGAUGCGGCCAAUAUUGAUAAGAAGUACCGUAUGGCUGGUGCGCUCUUCAAAAAACCAGAAGAUCCACCAAAUUUUGCUCGUAAAAUCUUGGAAGCAGAGUGGAGAGAAAUGGCUAUAGAUCAAAAAGUGACCUAUGAGACUGUCAAAACUCUGGAUGGAUAUCUCAAAAACCGAGCUGAACUCAAAUCCACAGACCAUGUGGUCAUUGCUGAAAAAGUAGAUAAUGACGAUAAAAAAGCAACGACUCGUCUGAAAAUUCUGACAAAAUUUGACGAAGGGCGUUUUGGAGCAAUCUACAUGGUUCAGAAUGAAUCGGCUGUCGACAAUGAUGUGGUGUCGGUUGGAAAUUCAAGAUUCAUGAUGAAAACUGCGUUGAGACAGUUAUCGAGUCCUCAAAUCGUUUAUCGCUUAUCAAGAGAAAUCAACGCUUUGAAGACACUUUGGUCAAAAGGAAACGAUAAACCGCCACGUAUUCCGCCGAUUCUUCAUCAGGGAAAAAUUCUAGGAGUCCCGUUUUAUGUCACCAACAUCUUCGAUGUGAGCUUGGAGAAAUGUCGAGAGCAAAUGGGUGGAGGACCGUUUUGUGUACAGUCUGCAUUCCAUAUUGCACAGGAAAUUUUGUCGGCUUUGAAAUUCUUGCAUCGUUAUCAAAUGGUUCAUCGUGACAUCAAACCAACGAAUAUCGUCUUGAGCUAUCAAAAUCGCGAUCAAUGGUAUUUGAUUGAUUAUGGGGAUACGAUAACGGUUGGCAAAAAUUCUCCAUUGAGUCCCCCGGAUGGUAACACAUUGCCUUAUUUAUCACUUGAAGCUCACGAUCUUCUGAUUUCCAAUUUGUAUUCCAGUUUCCAGCAAGAUUUGGAAUCGUGGUUUUAUGUUCUGGUUGAUUUAAUGAAACCUCUUCCAUGGAGAGACAACAAUAAAAUUGACAAAGUGGCCUCGAUGAAAAAAGAUUUCUUGAAGAGCUUGCCAAAUCGAACUGCAGACUUUCCAUCUCAAGUUUUGGAAAUUUCGAAGCUUAUCAGAACGGAUUCCUAUCCGGUUUACCCGGAGAUUUCGAGAAAACUUGUAGAAGGACUGACAACGAACAGAAAGACGACUUCUGGAGAGAAAUGGACUCCUGAAUGGUAUGAUCGAUCAGCAACCCGGAAACUGAAAUCGCAACAACAAAAAGCGAAUAGACAGAAGAGGUCAAAGGAAGUCUCUGAAGCGGAGACAACUACAACUGGGGAUAGUACGGAGACCAAUGAAAAAAAGGACAGAAGUGUCUACGUUUCUGAAAUUCGCCCAGUGGCUCCUCAAUUAUUAGGAUCGAAUCACAGAAAGGCUUCAACACCGCCUGGAGUAAACGCCAAUGCUACAGCUGUGAUGGUAGAUGACGACGAGCCACGUAGAAACAGUCCUGUUCAGAAGCAACAAGACCGUUCGGCUUACUUCACCGACUUUCCCAUGGUUCAAUCUCCUGACGCUGGGGGAGGAGGAAGGAAGAAGUAUCGAUACAAACCAAGAAAAUGA